GACGUGUUUGUCAUCGGCAGAGCACAGCGGCUGCAGACACAGACAGCAGCAGGUGAGACGGAGGCUGCAGGACGGAGCCGCAGAAGGACGGGAUGGAUGUCCGCCUGCGGGAAGGUGACGCAGCACAGCGGCGUUAGUGCAGGGAUUCUGCGCUGCUUCCACAGACAGACAACCAUUCUGUGUUCCGGGAGCUGCGGAGCUCCCCUGUCGCCAAAUGGACGCGAGUGCGUGAGGGGAAUACUAAUGAACGGCACGCUGCGUCCUGGCGAGGCGCGCCGCUGACGGUCACAGCAGAGCCGAUCAAUCAUCCGGAGCGCGCCGGGGUCCGCGCGCGGCUCCUGGGGGAUUUUUACGCAUCCGAGCCUGGAAUUAAUGAAACAAUCGUGAGGCUGUUUUUUUUCUCCCUGCCAAAAUGGGCAACAGUUUCUCCAACAUCUCUGCCUUCCAGUCGCUUCACAUCGUCAUGCUGGGUUUGGACUCCGCCGGGAAAACCACGGUUCUCUACAGACUCAAAUUCAACGAGUUUGUCAACACGGUACCCACGAUCGGCUUCAACACCGAGAAGAUCAAGCUGAGCAACGGCACCGCCAAAGGCAUCAGCUGUCACUUCUGGGAUGUUGGCGGCCAGGAGAAGCUGAGGCCGCUGUGGAAGUCCUACAGCCGCUGCACGGACGGGAUAAUCUACGUGGUGGACUCGGUGGACGUGGACAGGCUGGAGGAGGCCAAGACGGAGCUGCAUAAGGUCACCAAGUUCGCGGAGAACCAGGGCACGCCGCUGCUGGUCAUCGCCAACAAGCAGGACCUGCCCAAGUCUCUGCCGGUGGCGGACAUCGAGAAGCAGCUGGCCCUGCACGAGCUGACGCCCUCCACCACCUACCACGUCCAGCCCGCCUGCGCCAUCAUCGGAGAGGGGCUCCACGAGGGCAUGGACAAGCUGUACGAGAUGAUCGUGAAGAGGAGGAAGUCCCUGAAGCAGAAGAAGAAGCGGUAGCAGGCGCUGAGCUGGACUGAAGCGGCCUUUCUCAAACGGGUUUACUUUGCAGUGAUCUUCCUCUUCCAUCCUCUGGAUUGAAGCUCCUGAAGCUGUGAAGCCCUGCUGCAGGAGGGGCUGCAGGACUGAAGAAAACACCAAAAAAAAUAUUAACACAUUGGAGAAGCCUUCAGAGCCACUGAGGCUGAUAAACGGGCUGGCCCGCUUUAUCUGGAUCCUGAAGAAGCUGCGGCUCACUUUGCUCUUCUUUUCAAGACUGUUAGUUUUGGUUUGCAUCCACAGGAGGUCUUUGUGGAAUCACAAGUUUGAUUUUGCACGUAGCUUGGGCCCCCAGCCCCCUGCUCUCCAAACAGACACGUGUAGUAUGAGCUGGGUGUCAUUCAGACUUUUUGGAGCAAUGAAGUAGCCUUCCCUCUGCAUGGUGGACAGGGGACCACGUCCACUACUUUGCACUUUUCAGUUGCUUACAGACAGCAGAAACAACAUUGUAUUAAUUAAAGGAGCAGAUCCAGGUUGUUUGUGUACCAAGCCAAAACUGAAGUAUUUUUUGAAUAUUAAAAGAUUCUAAACCCACUA